UAAUUCUCCCGGAAGGACCCAGCUCAUAACGACGUCGUUUAAUGUUCUUGGGGCAUUUUUUGUGUUAAAAAUACUUUAAAUUGUUAUUAAGUCGCAUAAUAAGGUCAUAUGUCAUUACAUUUCAGUAAAUAAGGCUUUUAUUGUGAAGAGUAACAUAGUUAGGGUGGGCAUUUCGUCACUGUGUCCAGCUUCACGACGCCCUGGAUCAAUACAUGUAGCUUGUUAGCAAUAAAAGCGCUAACAUGGAACCGUUUGUUGUAAGCUGCAGCUAUCAAUGAUGCUGACAGACUUUCUUGCCGCUGGGUUCCGCUAUGAGUUUAAAUAACGACAGUCUGGUGAGAUUGCAUCACUGACUGGGUGAUGUCCGCCCAACCUCUGCAGCAGUCCAGGGAGGAUUCAGCAGCCUGCUAACUGAGCCAGCCCGGCUAGCUGAUGCUGAUGACUGGCUGUUUCCUGACAUUGAUUUGCAGUGGGAGGCGCCAUGGCCGGUAAGGUGAAGUGGGUGACAGAUAUUGAGAAAUCAGUGCUCAUCAACAACUUUGAGAAGAGGGAAUGGACUCAAGUGACAGAAAACGACGACUGGAAUUUCUACUGGAUGAGCAUCCAGACCAUCAGAAAUGUGUUCAGUGUGGACACCGGCUACCGCCUAUCAGAUGACCAGAUGGUUAACCACUUCCCCAACCACUAUGAGCUGACCAGGAAGGACCUGAUGAUCAAGAACAUCAAACGCUACCGCAAGGAGCUAGAAAAGGAAAGCAGUCCUCUGGCAGAGAAGGAUGAGAAUGGGAAAUACAUUUAUUUAGAUUUUGUUCCGGUGACGUUCAUGCUCCCCUCCGAUUAUAAUCUGUUUGUGGAGGAGUACCGGAAGAACCCAUCCAGCACUUGGAUCAUGAAGCCCUGCGGGAAGGCUCAGGGUAAAGGCAUCUUCCUCAUCAACAAACUGUCCCAGAUCAAAAAGUGGUCCAGAGACAGCCGCACCUCCACGUUUGUGGCAGCAUCUAGUGGCAAGGAAGCCUACGUCAUCUCCCUGUACAUCGACAAUCCUCUGCUGAUAGGAGGGAAGAAGUUUGACCUGCGUCUCUACGUUCUGGUGACCACAUAUCGGCCUCUUAAGUGCUACAUGUACAAGCUUGGCUUCUGCAGGUUCUGCACAGUCAAGUACACACCCAGCACCAGUGAACUGGACAACAUGUUUGUUCACCUCACUAAUGUGGCCAUCCAAAAACAUGGGGAUGACUACAACCACGUCCAUGGAGGCAAGUGGACGGUCAGUAACCUCCGUUUGUACCUAGAGAGCACCAGAGGGAAGGAGGUGACCAACCGACUGUUUGACCAGAUCCACUGGAUCGUGGUGCAGUCACUGAAGGCCGUGGCUCCUGUGAUGAACAACGACAAGCACUGUUUUGAGUGUUACGGGUAUGACAUCAUUAUUGAUGACAAGCUCAAGCCAUGGCUUAUCGAGGUCAACGCCUCUCCCUCGCUGACCUCCAGCACAGCCAACGACCGCAUCUUGAAGUACAACCUCAUCAAUGACACUCUCAACAUUGUCACGCCCAACGGGGACAUCCCGGACUGCCGCUGGAAUCGCAGCCCGCCCCGAGAGGCCCUGGGCAACUAUCAAGUCCUGUACGACGAGGAGCAGGCGCAGAGCGAGAAUGCUGAGCGUGACCUGCGGAGUCGUUCGGGUCAGUCCCUGGGGUCAAAGGGCACCAAGGGGAGUGCGGGCGCUCGCCCCACUGCCGCCACAUGGAAGUGAGGUGAUAUUGCUGACUCUUAAUGACUUCCUGUACAUUAUUACAGGGUCCAACAGUUGGGCCCUGGGAAUGAAAAUGUCCACCCAGACUUUUUUAAUUGGGACUGCUCCCUGUCUCUAAAUUUCACUGACUGAGGGCACAGGGGGUGACAGCUCCCACUGCUGAAGGGGAGGAAAGUCAACAAUGUCGUCAUAUCUUGAGAGUUUAUGAGUGAAUGUGUAACUAAAAAACAACAGCAGCGACAGCAGUUACCACCCCAGUCCAAGCUUCCUGUGAAGAUAAGAAAAAAACUUCAAAAAGUGGAUGACAUCUUGGGAGAGGAAAUUUAUUUCCAGAAGAUCCCUCUCCUUGGAUAACUGGGGGUGCAGUAGAAGCUCCGGUUGGGAAAAUGGCAACUACACAAAUGAAAAGAAAGUUGUGAUUUAUAUACAUCAAUGGGAUUAAAAUCCAGUGUGAACGAGGGGGAUUACGACCUGAACUAUGCAUGAUUACUGAGUCCGGACACUUUAAUUUGACACCCCACACAGGUGCUAAAAAGAAGGAGCUAUGUGAGAUAAAGUAUGGAAAAAGAAGAUAGAGGAACAAAAUAUAUUACUAAUGGAAAGUGUAUAAAGAUAGGAUUUACUGAUAGGCAGUUGAUAGGUAGAAUUAAAAGUACUAAAUGUGUAUAGAAUUUAAUAAUGUUUUUAUAUGUCCAUUAUUAGUAUGUAUAUUAGAGGGUGGGGUGGGAAAGAAUGGUCAUUAAGAUUGAUUGUAUUCAGUGCUGAUGCAUCAUGCACUUUAUUACUUUAUUUUUGCUUGAAUGGUAAAUAGAUAUCCCAUGUUGCAUCUUGAGUUGGACCACUGACUUCAUAUCUGCUGUCCAUCUGAAAUCGUAAACACACGUGUUGGGAAUGUAUGCAUUCUUAGCUAUAAGCUGUUUAUUUCAUGCUUCUGAAAUGUUAAAACACUGAUGAUUGAUACACUGGUGAAGGGCUGAACAGUACUGAGAAAAGAUUGCAGUAAUUUUGUAGUUCUUUUGCUGUAUACCUUGCGGUAUUUUAAAACAAAUGUUAACGAUAUUUGUGGCUUUAGUUUGUAGAACUGUUUGGGAAGAAUGAUUAGGUGAUUUAAAGAAAAGAGGAGGGUUGUUCAGUUUUCUGUUUGCUUCAGCGUUCGUGAUCAAGAUUAACAUAGUAAUCACUUUAUUUACUCUAACCUAAGAGGCGUCUUCUGUCAACGGGUGAAACAAAAGGUCUAUCAGCCCUAAUCUGACAUAGAAACCUAUUCGGUGCUUCGUGAAGUAAAAUUCUUGAUGUGAAUUAACAAACAGAAGGAAAGUUAUCUACUGAUGAUGUAACAUGCUUCUUUAUUUGCUUUCUUUACUUAAAAUUUCAUUUUAACCUAUUUUAAUGUUUUGGUUUUGUGUCACUUCACUGUGGUAGGGGGCCCUAAGGCCUUUGAUCAAUCUAAUCUGCCUGAAGAUUAAAUUAAUCAGAGGCCAAUCCUUCAAAAGGCAUAUGACCUUUAUAUUCUUGCUGUUACCACGGCAAAGUAAGUCUCUGCAUGGCACCAUUCCUUGACCUUGAAAGUUUGACACUCCCCAAGCACCUUUUUUCCUCCUGGCUCUGGAGCUGAAUACUACUCAAGGUGUGUAAACCAUAGACCAUUUUAUACCAUAUUCUGCAGUAAGACAUACACAUCUUCCCGAGUUAGAGAUCAAAUUUACUGAGAGAUGAAUUUAACUCUGAGGUGUGUCUGGCAGUCAGAUAAGGGUCUGGGUGCUCCUAAUGCUGGGUUUUUCAUUGUGGUUAUAAACUGUGCAGUUUGUGUUCUAUACAUGACACAAAGCUUUUAUGUUCUUAGCUUUGCUGUACUGAUGCCCCGUUUGAAGAUAAAUGUCUCCCUUUACUUUCUAUCCUCCUUUCAAUAAACUAUCCAUAUUGGUGCUGCCUUGACAAUA